AUGCACAGGAUCACGGAUGCAAUUUAUCUUUUCACACCAAUCGGAGCUCAAAGCAAAAUCGAACGGCAGGCAAUCCAUGAGAAAUGGCCUCUCAGUUAUGACAAUUAUGUGGCUGGCCGUGCAGUUACACAAAAUCGAGAAGUGCAGAUCAUCGCUCUAGCUAGAGAUGGAGGUAACAUUCUCGAACAUCAUUAUGCUGAGGCGAUCUUUAGGCUUGAUAGAUAUAUUCAGAAGAGAGUGCGUGUUCUCUACAAGCACCACUAUUACUCCUAUCACGACCUAUGCCUCCAAUAUAAAGAAGGUGGAUAUCUGGGUGGAGCGCUGGGCGGAGUCAAGCUCAUGAAGACCGAAAAUGGAUCCAGCAUUCUUGCGAGUGCCCAGGCCUGGUUCAUGAUUUAUCACUUGAAAUUCUUCCCAACAGAGACCAGCUAUAUCUCAGGACUUUGGGAAAAUGAACUCGGACGACAUCUCGCUGCCUAUCCAGAGGAUCCGUACAUAAAGUUCACAUACUUUCAUUCACAGACAUUAGCUGAUGAACUGCAAAGGAAUGCUGACUCACUGUUGCCUCGUUUUAUCUUAGCCUUUAUUCUUUUGG